AAUGACAAAUGGCGUUAAAAUACAAGUGACAAAUAAAAACACUGUCUAUAGUUUUAAGAAACUUUUAUCAAUUUAAAAAUAUAAAUUAAGUUUUAAAGUUUAAAUGAAUUUCAAAAAUAUCAUGUUAAAAUUUAAGUGUUUUUAUGGUCAUUCAAAUUUUGCAAAGUUCAUCCUCAAAAUGUAAGGUAUUUUCAACGAAAAUAGUAUGGAAAAUUUAUUGUGGGGCGUCAUUUAAGACGCUACCGCAGCAUAAUGUCAAGUGCAGAUGAGAAUUUUGCAGAUUUUCAAGAACAGGCGAAUUAUUUUUUAAAUUCACAAAGACAACCUUAUUUAAAAACAUUCUCGGAUAUGUGGUAUAAGAUUUUUCUUACUGCAUUAUUUUCAUCAAUUUUUAUUCAUACGAUAGCAGCUUUAAUCGCAUUCGCCACAUUACGUAAACACAAAUUUGGUAAAUUUUUCCCAAUAUUUAUCAUAAUCAUGGGUGUUGUACCACCAUUAACGUCUGGUGUUGUAAGCAGUGCAACAAUAGCGUUUGUAUAUCGUGCUUCAAGUUUACCAAUGUCACCAUUGUAUGCGUUACUGUGGGGACUUGGACAAACAGCUCUUGCCGCUUGUAUUGGUUUUACACGAAUUUUAGCAACAUUAUAACGUCCCUCCCAAGAACCCGUCAUUUUUUUAAUAAAGUGAUAUUAUAUUAAUGCAUGAUGCGAUCGAUGAUUGAUGAAUGACACAAGUUUUUUCUUUGUUUUUUAAUUUUUAAGUGCGUUUUUU